CGUAGAUCGUUCAAGUUCCUCCGUCCCCGCUAUAUCCUGUCUGAUACCCAGUUGUCAAGACAGCUACCUGGAAUUUUGUACUAGAGCCCGUCUGCCUCUGAUUCUUCACAUGGCGCCUAAAAAGAAAGAUAUUUUACUCGCAGAAUGGACCUCAAGUGGCAUGGAAAUACUCUGAGUUGUUCUGCUAACGGAUAUGGUCUUUUUUUAAUAUUUUGUUUACACUACAUUCAGACUGCUGUAGUAGGAGUCAAAUUGGACAUCAUGGUUCAUUAAUUUUAACCCAAUAUAUGGACAACAGAAAGCUGAUAACACUACCAUUUUAGAACAGUAUGUGAUAUUGUCUUGGUAUUUAUGUGACUGCAGAUAUCGUGUACCUUUAUGUUGGAAAUAAGAGAGUGCUUUUUAAUAAUCUUUUAACCUUCUGAUCCAGAACUUCCAAAUACUGGCCCAAAAGGCCUGCUUAACUCUGAUGACCAUCUGCAAAAAUCAAACAAAUAAAACCGUGCCCAUAAAGGACACCGAGGAAACUUCUGCAGAACCCCCUCAGCAUUCCAGAAAAAAUGGUUGGAGCUGGCCCCCACACCCACUGCAGAUCAUUGCAUGGGCUACUUUUAUCUUUUUCACAGUCAUAGGUUUUGGAAUUCUUAUCCCCCUCCUGCCUCGUCAUUGGGUGCCAGCAGGUUAUAUUUGCACUGGUGCAAUGUUUACCUUGCACUGUGUUGUUCAUUUCCUGGCUGUGACCAUCAAUCCAGCAGAUAAGAAUGUCCAAGCCAAAAGCUCUCCAGGUCCUCUCCCUGUGUUUGAUCGCAGCAAACAUACUCAUGUUAUUGAAAACAUGCACUGCUAUAUCUGCGAGGUAGUCGUGGGUCCCAAAUCAAAGCACUGUAGUAUAUGCAACAAAUGCGUCAGCAAUUUUGACCAUCACUGCAAGUGGCUGAAUAACUGUGUGGGAGGCAAAAACUAUUGGUUGUUUCUCAACUGUCUAAUCUCAGCCUUUCUGGGCACCCUUGUGUUGAGCAUAAUUUCAUCAUACGUGUUCGUGGUGUACUUCGUUGAUCCAGAAAUGCUAAGAACCAACAAGCAUUUUGAAGUGCUAAGGAACCUGUCUGAUGUUUGGUUAGUGUUUCUGCCGGCUGCCCCAUUGGAGACACAAGCACCAGUGAUCCUGGCCCUGGCAGCUCUUAUAUCUGUCAUGGGGCUGAUUACAUUACUGCUAAUAGGACAGCUCCUGUGCUUUCACUGCUACCUCUUGUGGAACAAGCUGAGCACUUAUGAAUACAUUAUGCACCAGCGACAGAAGCAAGAAAUGAAGGCAAGCAAUGGGCACCCAGAGGAAGGUGCCAAAUCUUCAGCUGGUCGUAUCCCAGUACAGGAAGAGAGUUAUGGUGGGAGUCUGAUCUACACUAACCCAGAUGUGAGAAUAGAGGGAUCGUCAAAUGGGUCACUGACCAAAGACUGUGCAGCGUUGCCCAUUGCUGACAACACAGCAGAUGGGGAUCUGGAGUCUGAUUCUCGGCCUUCAAUAAUUACACAGAAUAAACCAAGAAAGAAGAAGAAAAAGAAAAGGAAAAAAGCCAAUAAAAUUUCACCAGAAGACACAAUUCAAUAUUUUGGAGAUAGGCCCGUUCAGCGUGCUCUGCUCCCAACACCACUUGCAGAACUUCCAGUUUCUCCUGCACCUCCCAAUCUGCCAAUACCAUCUCCACUUCUGCAACCUCGAUCUCUCCCAGUUCUGGCUCCUAUUAAUGUCCACCCAAUUCAGGCUGCUGGUCCUCCAGCCGAAUACCAUUCAGAUUCUGCAGAGUCCAUGGAUGAAAUCCCUGUGGCCCAAACCCAUCUCGGCAGCUCCUCUAUGAGUGAAAACAUGUUUUUUAGUAAGCGUAGUCCUGAGGACUCAAACAAGUAUGAGAAGACAGAAUAUGGAAUGAGGCAAAGCUACCCACAGACGGCCGCAUUACACCAAAAGUUUGAACUCCUUCCAAAGGUUCCCUCUGUCUUUGUUAGUGAGAGCAGUGGAAGUCCUCUGCCUAAUGGACUUCUAAAAGAAGCAAUUGCACAGGACAAUCACUCCACACGCUACAAAAAGAUGUGGGUGGCAAAAGGAAAAGAAGGGGAGCAGGUUCUCUCCAUAUUAAACACAUAAUGUCCAGUCUCCAGCAAUACAAAAUAGUUUAGAUCUUAUUUUCUAUAAGAUAUUAUACAAAUUUAUCUUUAUUCUGAAUAAAAUCAUUUUUUACCAGA